AUGGCUAUCGGUGAACGGGUACGGUUUCGUACCACCAAAUUCUGUUUUGAGCUAACUGGAUUACUUCCCCUGAAAAAUGGCGAAUUUAGUAAUGUGCAAGAUGCAUACGAAAAUUUAAGGCAACACGAGUUGCAGACCAACAGCAGAUAUGCUUCUUCUAAGGUUACAAAGGAUUUCGGAAAGAUUGGUUUGGAGACAGCUAAGAAAGUGUUUUGGGAAGACCCUUCCGAGGUGUUGCAUGGGAGAAUUAAUUUCAGUGGUACACCAUUUGUAAUACUCGGAAGGAAAAUAUUUGACUGCCAGUUUGGUAAAAACAGGAAAGAAAAACGUAAAUUGCAAAAAGAUCUUGAAAGGAGAGAUGAAGAUCACAGGUACACAAAAGGAAAGAAGUUUUUGAUGCAAGACUCUAAGAAAAUUGGUUGCCCUGCGAGAUGUGUAUUUAGGGAAAUAUGCAGGUUCCCCACAUUUACGAUAGAUAAAGAUACACCUAAAAGUCAAAGACGCAAGAUCGCAGAAGAGCUUCUGAGUAAAAUUCGUUCUGGAGAAAAUGUUAUUUCUGAGCGGGUGGUUAUAGCCCAUUUGGCUAGCAUUGAGGACCACACCUGCCAUACUUUGGGCGAAAUUACACCCGAACCAAUAGAUCCAAGAUUGGCACAGAAAAUUGCAGAGAUGUGCCAAAGUGGAGUGAGCAAUCUUGAUGCAAUGAGAACUCUACUUAACAGCUAUGUUAAAGAUAUUUGCAGACCAUUGCCCCACCCAUCCAACAAGAGGUUCUACCCAAGUGACAAGUGUAUCUCAAACCAUAUGUACAGAGCUAAAAGCGGGGGGAAAAAAGAAGACCAGCAAGCAGUUGUGGACUUGGUAAGCAAACAUACCACAUAUUGUAGAUAUUUUUCUUACGCCUCCGGCAUCUGCUGAUGCAGGAGACAUAUAUUGAUUGUCCUGUCUGUCCAUCUGACCGAGGUUAACCAAAUGGAACUGUUUCGUCUUGCAAAUACCCCUAACUAGAAUGACUUGAUACUAAUGCAGAUGUAACCUGUGACCAUUCCUCAGACAUCACCUCGGUUUGACCUUGAAGUUGAUCUCGUUUUGGACUUAGGUUGCUUUGUAUCAACAAUUUUGCCAACUGGGGCAUUAGGUUGCUUUGUAUCAACAAUUUUGCCAACUGGGGCAU